GCCAAUAUCACAAGUACAUUAAUAUAUCUCGAGCCUGAAAAGUAGCAGAGAAAUAAAUAAAUAAGCUUUGCUAGAUCUUUGAGCGCAAAUACACACAUAUAUAUAUAUAUAUAUAUAUAUAUGAAAAUGGCUAGCAAAAUGGGUUUAAUGGGGUGCUUAUUGAUCAUCACGGUAGCAUUGCUAAAGGGUGCAACUGCAGAAUCAUAUGUGGUUGGAGAUAGCUUGGGCUGGACUGUUCCUCCUAACACGUCAUUUUACUCCGAUUGGACCAACUCCAAGACUUUCCAUAUUGGCGACGAAGUUUUGUUCAAUUGGACCGGAACAUUGGAUCACAAUGUGGCUGAAGUUUCAACCCUAGCCGAAUAUGAAAACUGCACCAAACCAGGAAUUGUGUAUCUCAGUGGUUAUACAGCCAAUCUCAUUGCCAAUGGUUCUCGCUUCUUCUUGUGCACCGUUGACAACCACUGCGAACUCGGGAUGAAAAUGAUCGUCACUGUCGGGUCUCCAACGAACACCUCUAGCACUUUGGCAGCGCCGCCCCCUAGUGACAGCUCUUACAGCGCUCCCUCUUUGACCUUUGCCGGUGCCCUUGUGUCUGUAUUUUCCCUCAUUGUCGUUUCCCUAUUCAAUUAUGUCUAG